AUGGGCGGCGUCAACGGCCUGCAUGCGUGGUAUCGCGAUGAUGAGGGGAAGCCGCAGCUCGACCCCCCGCCCCGCGCCGAUAUCGACGCCUACACCCAGAUCUUCUCCCCUAGCACCCUGACCGCCUCGGCCCUCAACUCCUUUCUCUCCAACGCGAAAAAGGCCUCGCUCCGCUUCCAGGUCGCGACCCACCUCCUCGCCCGCCGGUACAUCCACCCGGCCCUCGCCGCCGCCCUCGCGGUGCCCAAGGCCAAGAAGCCCGCCGCCCUCCCGCCGAACCCCUACCUCGACUUCUGGGCCUGGUCUUGCCGCAGCCUCGAGUGGUGCGGCCCCGUCCCCGCCACCGAGAAGAAGCUGCAGAGCCACCACGUCCUGCCCAUCUUCAUGCACCACUUUGGCUGCGCGACGCCCACCCACGAGGCCCUCUGCGUCCUCCGCACCCUCGCCGCGGGCCGCGCCGUCGCCGACGUCGGCUCCGGCAACGGCUACUGGACGCACAUGCUCCGCGCCUACGGCCUCGAGGUCCACCCCGUCGACAACAUGCAGUCCGAGUGGCGCGUCAACUGGGUGCCCGACACGCUCGUCUCGGACGGCGUCAAGUUCCUGCGGGGCCGCGACGCCGGCAAGGACCUCGUCCUCCUGCUCGUGUACCCCGUCGUCGGCGGCGGCGUCGCCGGCGGCACCGAGGGCUCCUUCACGCGCGGCCUCGUCGACGCCUACGCCGGCGACACCCUCGCCGUCGUCGGCACCCAGAACCGCAACGGCUACACCGCCUUCCGGGGCAUGACCAUGGACGAGUACAUGGCGCGGGAGCAGCCCGCCUGGACAAAGGUCGUGCAGAUCCCGCUGCCGAGCUUUGCGGGCAAGGACGAGGCGCUGUUUGUGUUCCAGAGGGGGGACAGGGCGCCCAAGGACGCGGCCGAGGGCGAGGAAAAGGCGUAG